AUGGGUUUCUUCAAGCGCUUCCGACGCCAGAAGAGCCCCAAGAAGAACGCAUCGCAACCGCGAAAUGACUAUUACUCUCCAGCUACCUACGCAUACCACGGCCCCGAUCAGACCCGUCGCCUACCUGAUACCAUCCUGCGCCGCAUAUUCGAGGAAGUCUGCCCCCACUCAGCCGACGAAACACUGGAUGGCAGCGAAGACAGUGGUACUGAUGGCUGCAUGAGCUGUGACAUGCGUGAUCUGGCACAUUGCGCCCUCACAAAGCGACAGUGGUAUGGCGUUGCAGCCGGCCUCCUAUACAACAGCAUACGCAUCGACGCUGUCCACUACUGUGAGCUCGAAGAGAUAUUCACCGACCAGCGACGGCGCAAGUCGCGCAACGGCGACGAAAUAGACGUCCCGACGGUCCGCCUACAGCAGCUAUGCCAGAGCGUGCGCGGAAACCAAUACCUCGGCCAGCGCGUGCGCUUCAUCAAGCUGCCUUACAUGACCCGCGAAUCCUGCAAGGCUGACAUUGCCCGACUUGUCUCGGGCUGCCCCAACAUAGAAUUCAUCGAUCUCCCAGACGGCUUCUACAACGGCGACGCGUCAUGCCAGCUGCUCCGCCAAGAGCUCCAAGCCCGUUGUCCCCAUAUUCGGAAAAUGAAGUACAACGAGGGUGGAGAACAGUCGGUCGAGUCACUGCUCCACGGCUACUGGCAAGAGCUGCUCGUCGUCGAGCUCAACAGGAUACACAUUGAGCCCAGCAUACUGAGGCAGGCCUUUGGUAUGCUCCCGCAAUUGAGUGAGCUCAUCAUAACCGGCGUCUCAUGGAUGAAUGACUCGACGUUUCACAUUGCCCCAGGCCUCCCCAACUUCCCCGCGCUGGACUCGCUGAAGCUGGAAAAGGUUCAUGGUGUUACUGCGAAUGGAUUGGCCCAAUACCUCUCCAGUCCCAUGUGCAGCAACAGGCUGAGGACUCUCAACAUCAAGGAUUGUUCCGGGAUCCCAGUCUCGUCGCUACACGUCAUUCUUCAGGCAGCGGCAAAUCUAAGAACCCUGGACUAUACCGCAACGGUCGCUGCUUCCCUGCCCUUGGAUCCUCUACCACCCAUGGCAUCCUUUACCUUGCACAAACUCAACUUUGAGAUCAUCUCGAGCUCGGCCAACCAGCUAUACCCACCUGGCGCCUCCUAUUACCAAUACCUUGCGAGGUCUCUCAUGUCCAACUGCCUCCCCGCUUUGCGACAAUUAUACGUCCGCGAUCCAGAGUUCCCAGAGAUCCUCACAUUGGCGCCCCCACUACGCCCAUUCAGUGAAGCGCCACCGCCCAUGUUCAACCAGCCGCUAGAAGUCUACUCCAAGGGCUUGGACGAGCUGGAAUGGAUCUUCACCUCCAUCAUACCUCCUGAACUAUCCGGAGGACGCCGGCCAUCCCUGUCAGGCGGUCGACCCGUCAGCAGCUACUCCGCACACAAAGGCCUGGGGCCACAGUGGGGUGGCGAUGCACGGAAGAGCGUGGUCGUGCCCAAUGGACUCGGUGGCUUCUUGGCCAUACCCGCCGAUGACGCGCGACCGAGGAGCGCAGGAAAUCCCACCCCAAGUGGCGGCAUGGGGCAUGGAUACUCCAACUCCCUUGGUGGUCUCGGUCCCAGCCCUCGCGCGAGCUGGAUGAGCCAUGCUGGGCGGGAGAAGCGGGCUUCCCGAGCGGAUCUGUGGCGUUGA